CAGACAAAUACAUUUUGGUGCAUCGAACCUGCUCCCCUGCGCAUGUCAACAGACCAAUCUAUCAGAAACGUCACAGGUUCCAAACAAAAGUGUAUAAAACUUCGGUUUCCCAAUUAUUUUCGAUCAAACAAUUUUUUUUGGGACAAUAAACAUGGCAGAUGGUGUCAAGCAGGAGAACAAAAUCGACGAGAGUGAGAACUACAACAUGGAAAAUAAUACUGAUCCCAAGAAUGUCCAGGAGCUGACGCAAUUCGUACAGACACUUCUCCAGGGCAUGCAGGACAAGUUCCAAACGAUGUCGGACCAGAUUAUUGGGAGAAUAGAUGAAAUGGGGACUCGAAUAGACGACCUGGAGAAAAAUAUUGCUGAUCUGAUGACGCAGGCUGGUGUAGAGGGUGCAGAGAAAUGAACCAGAGUUCAUUAGUCAUCAAAAAAAUGAUUCUCAUUAAUUGAUAGCCCACAUCGAAGCACGGUACUGCAAUCAUUGCGACAUUAAACACACCUUGAUCACCUACUGUCAAGAUUUUCAAUAAAGUAUUAUUUUUCAAA